UUCUUUUCAUGAUCUCCGUGUUGAAGAGAUGCCUCCCAACGCCUCCUGCCUCCGUGUGCAUGUCCAUUCUGAGGAAUGGAAAUUAAGAACUUUCCCUGCCAACUCUGGCGACAGAGUGAGGAAGAUCAAUGAAUAUGUCCGAUCUCGCACCAAGAUUCCCGUGCAGGACCAGGUCCUUAUGCUCGGCUCAAAGACCCUAGAGCCCCGCAGAACGCUGUCAUCGUACGGCAUUGACAAGGAGACAACCAUCCACCUCACUCUGAAGGUAGUGACGCCCAGUGACGAGGAGCUGCCCGUGAUUCUGGUGGAGGCGGGUGACCAGGGGCAAAGGCACCUCCUCCAGGUGCGAAGGUCCAGCUCGGUGACUCAGGUGAAAGAGAUGAUUGAGGACAGCACUGGUGUAACCCCUGAGAGACAGAUUGUGACUUGCAAUGGGAAGAAACUGGAAGAUGGGAAGACCAUGGCAGAGUAUGGCAUCAAAAAGAGCACUACUUUCUUCCUGACCCCUUUCUGUGUUGGGGGGUGACCACCCUUGGGAAGGAGUGAUACCAGAGAAACAAAAUCUUAUUUUUUUCUAGUUCUUACUUGCCAAUCGCAUCAUAACCAUAACCCCCCAAAAUGAAUAAGAAAUAUAUGGGGAAAGUAGAUUUCAUGUGGAACAGGGAAGAAGCUUCAACUAACGCUGGGAUGCUUUGAUUCUAACAUAAUUAAGCGGCAAUUCUGUGUAUAAUAUAUUACUGAAAAUAUAAAAAAAAAAGUUUUAAGGCAAAAAAUUAGAUCUAGCCAGCUUGCAAUUUAAUGUUCACUUAGCUGAUUUAUAGAAAAACUGGUAUUUCCUUUCCCAUUUAACAAAUUCAUGCUGUAUUAAUUUCUGUGUUUCUCUGUUGACCUAGGAAUUCAUCUAUCAUGUUACCCAAUAA